AAAUCCGACAAAACUCCAAGCCUGACCGCCACUAUUACAUAUAAUUCGCUAUCCGGCUUCUGUCUCUUCAAUGGAGAUUCUUUACUCUCCUUUUCACUUCUUCGUCUUCAUCACAUUGCUUUCAACAGCAGCAGAGCUCAGCAGAUCUGCUGACAUGAUAACUCGGUUUCAGCCGGUGAGAGAUAACGAGACUCUAGUUUCCGCGGGAGCAAAGUUCGAGCUUGGAUUCUUCAGCGCUGGAAAUUGGUCUAACCGGUAUGUUGGGAUAUGGUUCUACAACAUCCCAGUCAAGACUGUUGUCUGGGUCGCGAAUAGGGACGAUCCAAUCAAUGGCUCGUCAGGAGUCCUGCGGAUUACGAGAGGAGGGAAUCUGGUCAUUGUUGACGGAACAGGAAGAGCUGUUUGGUCCACGGACACAGCAAAUGUGACCUCCGGUACCGUGGCUGCGCAGCUCCUGGACUCCGGGAAUCUGGUCCUCACAGAUGAAAGCAACAACGGUUCGAGGAAUAUCCUGUGGCAGAGUUUUGACCAUCCUUUCGAUACGUUACUCGCAGGGAUGAAGCUAGGGUGGGACCUGAGGAUCGGUUUGAAUCGGUAUCUCACUUCUUGGAGGAAUUCAGACGAUCCUUCAACAGGAGACAUCACAUACAAAGUCGAACUCAAGGGACUGCCCCAGAAGUUCCUCCGCAGGAAUGCUUCAGUAAUUGAAAGAAGCGGGCCAUGGGAAGGUAUCCAGUUCAGUGGAUUGCCCCUGAACCCAAAUGCAAUCAUCAAACCCGAGUUCGUGAACACCGCUAAAGAAUCGUACUAUACCUAUCAACUCAACAACAAUUCCAACAUCACGAGGGCCGUGCUCAACUACUCUGGCACGCUUCAACGCUGGCUCUGGGACAAUAAUACACACUGGACAGUCAUACAUGAGUUGCCAAAUGAUCACUGCGACGAGUACGCAAAAUGUGGGCCUAACGCUGUGUGCACGAUUGGUGAUGCCCCAAUAUGCAGCUGCCUGACUGGGUACACCACUAGAUCGCCCCAGCAAUGGGCAAUGAACUCUUGGUCCAGCGGGUGCGUUAAGAAGAAGCCCCUGAAUUGUCCUAAAGGAGAAGGGUUCAAGAAGCUGAAGGGUGUGAAGGUGCCGGAUAUGUUGAGUUACUGGGUGAACUUGAGCACGAGCCUUGACAGAUGCAGAGCCAAGUGCCUGAAAAAUUGUACUUGCACCGCAUAUUCCAAUGCAGACAUUGCCAAUAAGGGUAGCGGGUGUCUGCUUUGGUAUGGAGAUCUUCUCGACAUCAGAAAGCUCGUUCAACCAAACCACAAUCAGAAUGUUUUCAUCAGGGUCAUGGCGUCUGACAUAGGCAAUUAUAAGUGGAAAUUGUGGUUGGUGGCACCAGUAAUCGCCGCAUCACUCUCUCUAGCAAUGCUUUUGCUAAUCUGUUUCUGGAAGAGGAGAACCAAAAAACGCCUAGGGAAAACAUCAGAAGUGCAGGCUGGGAGUGGAGACAACUUAGAGCUGCCUACGCUAGACUUGGAAGUCAUUACUAAAGCGACUAAUAGCUUUUCGUCUCUCAAUAAAAUCGGAGAGGGUGGUUUUGGUCCUGUCUAUAAGGGUUUAAUGUCCGAUGGAGUUCAAAUAGCUGUCAAGAGGCUGUCGCAGAACUCCAGACAGGGUUGUGAUGAGUUCAAGAAUGAAGUCUUGCUGAUUGCGAGACUUCAGCACCGAAAUCUUGUCAAACUAUUGGGAUGCUGUAUUAACGGAGAGGAAAGGAUGUUAGUAUAUGAAUAUAUGCCGAACGGAAGCCUCGACUCCUUAAUAUUUGGUAAUAGAGGAGGUAAUUCUCUCGUGUGGAGGCGGCGUUUCAAUAUCAUUGUGGGUGUUGCAAGGGGACUUCUAUAUUUACACCGCGACUCAAGAUUGAGAAUAAUUCAUCGGGAUCUAAAAGCUAGUAAUGUGCUGCUAGAUAGUGAGAUGAACCCAAAGAUAUCAGAUUUUGGCAUGGCUAGGGCUUGCGGAGGAGAUCAAUCCGGGGAACAAACGACACGUGUAGUCGGGACUUAUGGAUACAUGCCUCCAGAGUAUGCAAUAGAUGGAAUUUUCUCGACUAAAUCAGAUGUUUUUAGCUUUGGAGUCCUAGUCCUGGAAAUAAUUAGCGGCAGGAGGAACAAAGAAUUCCAUCACCAUGAUCACAAUUUUAACCUUCUUGGACAUGCCUGGAAAUUAUGGCUUCAAGGGGAGGCCACCGAACUCAUAGACAAACAAAUGGAGGAUUCAUUUCCAAGAUCGGAAGUUAUCAGGUGCAUCCAGAUAGGCCUCUUGUGUGUUCAGCGAAGUCCGGAACAAAGGCCGACCAUGUCAUCUGUAAUACGAAUGUUGGACAGCGAGAGUGCCUCAUUGCCACAGCCCAAGCAACCGGGAUUUUACGCAGAGAGGUUCAAUGAUCAAAUAGACGGUGAAACAAACGAGUUAACCAUUUCCAUAGUCGAGGGUCGGUGAAGAUCCACGAGAUUUCAUGCACACAAAGUUAACACCACGUAAUAGUCAAGGUAUUAGCUGUUACAUUGGAGAUUGAAACUCUAGUACACGUAAUUUGUCAGGUAUUUUCGGCAUGAAAAUACGAAAAGAUUCUCUGCUUUCUUCGACAAAGUACUUGCUCUUGAGAAUGCCCUUGGAGUAAAC